CUAUGGAGAAAUACAAACAGGCGUACAAAUGGAUAUCGUCAUAUCUGCAGUUGCAAGUGAAUUAGUUAGCCGAUUCAUCUCCUUCCUUUCCAUGAAGUACAGCAGCAAGGCAUGUCUAAAGAAGAACCUAGAAAUGUUGCAGCAUCUCCUUCUCAGAGUUCAUACUGUCGUGGAGGAGGCCGAGGGACGAUAUAUUGCCAAUUCAAGGAUGUUAUCACAGCUCAAGGCACUGAGAGAGGCUAUGUUUCAAGGGUACGAUGUCUUUGACACCUAUAUGCCGUUGGAGAAGUUUGGAGAAGAAGAGGAGGAUAACCCAUUAAGGGUUCCAACCGUGCUCCCUAUCAUUGGAGGUUGCAGGGUUGGUAAGAAAACUUUAGUUUGGAAUAUCUGCUGUGAUGACAGGAUCCGCUCCUACUACUCUUCUAUAGUGCAUUUCAGUGGAGAUGAGAUUCAGAAAAUUGACAAUGACAAGUUCAAGCGUGUCAGGACUUUGGUUACCAUUGAAUUUGUUUCAGAUGUUGGUGAUGAGGAAUGGCUGAAAUUUUACUCAUUUGUAGCACUCACAGGUAAAGGAAGCAAGGUGAUCAUCAUAAGCAAGCUUGAGGAACUCACGAGGCUUGGAACAGUUCACCCGAUCCGAAUCAAUAGCUUGUCGCGAGAGGAGUACAGCUACCUCUUCAAGGUGCUCGCAUUUGGAAGCGCAAACCCGAUGGACCACCCACGGUUAGCUUUAGUAGGAAAGGAGCUGGCAACGGUGUUCCAGGGGUCACUUGUCAUGUUGAACGUGUACGCCUCUGUGCUGAGGACCAACCUGAACGUACAAUUCUGGACCCGGGUCCUGGAGCUAUUCAGAGUGAUGAUAUAUAAAAAUCUGGCCAUAUUUGGUGAGCAUCCAAAAUCUCUUCUCGAGAAAGAUGGUACUUCAGUUGAUAUCACCGGAUUCUCUUUAUCAUCGCUGUCUGAUACCUCAUUCCGACUUGUGCUUCUGACAACUGAGACUGAAGCUUCGAAAGGUGGACUACCUACGAUGGGUUUCGGAGAUAUAAUAGCAGGCUCCGUGAUUCUGCCUAAGAAAUUUAAGUUGGUUUGGGAAUCGAGGUUACCCCCUUAUACCGUUAUCUGUGCAAACUGUACUGCAGAGAAGCCUCAGCAACCACUGUCGCCGAGAAAGAAGCGUCGAAGAUUAUGUGUGUCAUUUCGGCCUCAGUAAUCUGUAAGGCAAUCUGCCUACCUGACGCGAGUUCGAGCCGUAAUUUGUGAGGCAAUCCGCCUACCUGAUGUGAAUCUGAAUUGUAUGCUUCCAUUAUUGUUGUAACCAAGUCUACAUAUUUCGUUUU